UGUCCAACGAAUUGUAAAAGGCCUUUCCAACCCACGCAUGCGUGCUAGAAGACCGGGCGGAAGGGGGUCGGGGCCGCCGAGGGUGAACCCAAAUGCUUCCUUAGGAAGUUCCGCAGCGAUAAGGAUUUGAAAUGUCUAAUACAAAAGUUCUUACAUCUAGAGCUGACUGUAUAGAGAAGCUACUGUCAGAAAGAAAAUAUCAAGAUAUUGUGAUUCAUCUUACAUAUCUUGAAACGGCUGAUAUCACCAUAGAUGACUUGCAGGAGACCGAUGUGGCCAAAGCUGUGUUCAGAGUCUCCCAGAAUUGUCCCUCUGUGGUACUGAAAAAGAAGGCAAAGCACUUGCUCUCAAAGUGGAAAGCAAUUUAUAAAAAGCAUUGCAGUCCAUCAGUACAACUUCAUUUGGGGUUAUCUGAAAAUGCAAAUGAGGAUUCUGGUCAUAUUCAAGUAGUCUCUGAAGAUGUAAACUCUAUUGGAAAAUUGAACCAGCAGGACAAAUUGUGUUCUGCCAGCCCCAGUCUGGCAUCAGAAAGCCCUUCAAGUAAUGCUAGCAGUUGUGUGCAGAAAGAUAAUACAACUCAACCAGAUCUGGGAAACGGCAGUUCUGUUAGUGAAACAGGCCAACAGCAUGGUCCCAUUAUGGCUGUGAGGGGUAAAUGCACACAACUUCUUUUUGAAGCAUUGACUGAUUCCUCAACAAGUAAUGAAGAAAUUGCAAAGCACCACAAAACAGCUGAAGAAAUUGAACAACACAUUUUUGCACUUCAUGCUGGCAAUGAUAGAAAGUACAAAAACAGCAUCCGGAGCAAAGUCUCUAACUUAAAAAAUCCUAAAAAUUAUCACUUAAAACAUAGCCUGCAUAUUGGGGUUCUCAGUCCUCAGACGUUUGCUGGUAUGUCUGCAGUGGAAAUGGCGCAUGAUGAACUAAAGCAGCUUCGGGCUUCGUAUACAAAAUCAGCUGUUCAGGAACACCAGCUUCCCCAGAGGAUCAGUGGUACACUUACAAAUAAAAUAAAAUGUAGGCGCUGUGAAAAAUUUAAUUGCACUGUGACAGUGAUAGCCAGGGGAGCUCUUUUCCUUCCUGGUUGGGUACGAAGCACAGAUCCAGAUGAACAAAUGAUGACUUACGUAAUAUGUAAUGAAUGUGGGGAGCAGUGGUACCACAACAGGUGGAAUUGUUUAUGACUAUAUCCUGCAAUGAUGGUGAUUUCAGAAAAGAAUAAUUGGAAUUAUUAAAAAAGCAAUUAAUUGAAUAAGAAAAUAUGUUCAAGCUCUAUUAAUGUUUGUCAUGAAUUCUGGAAAAAAUGAAUAUGACAAAAUAGUUACAGAACUACUGAAGAGAGUGGCCUAAAUCCAAUGGUUAAGCCCAAUGUGUCUAUUAUGUUUGGAACUAUUAGAUUUAUGCAAGAGUGUGACUCAGGCGACCCUCUAGGAUCUAGACAAAUUCUGUGAGUUGCAUUCCAUAAUCUAGAAUCCGUGUUGGGUCCUGAAACUUUUUAAGCGAAGAGCCAGUUCACGAUCCCUCAGACUGUUGAGGAGCUGGACUAGUUUGGAAAAAACAUGAACCAGUUCCUAUGCACACUGCAUAUAUAUUAUUUAUAGUGCAAAAAAACAAAAAACAAAUGGGAGAACAAUGCAAUAUUUUAAAUGAAGAACACUGUAGUAAGUCUUUUAAAAUAUCUAUCCACAAAGUUUCAUAAUUAUUUUGGAACAGUAGACAAUUUUAUUUGUCCAAGUGACACCGAGACACAUUACCUUUAAAAAUCUAUUUUUAAAACUGUUAUAUCCAACAAUUUUUCUGUUCUUUUAUAUCCAUAUUUUUAGUGAAAACUUUUCUGAUAAUUGAUUUUAAAUCCCACUAAAGUUCCAAAAUCAUUCAGUUUUCUCAAGACUUCUGUUCCGUUCAGUGGGUUUUCUAAAGUAAACACCAAAUCAUCUGCAAAUUCUCACAAUUUAUAAUUUUCCUUUUUAAUCUCUAUUCCAGAAAUCCUUUCCUCAUAUCAUAUGUCCCUUAAAAGUACUUCGGGAACAAGUAUAACUAGAAGUAGUGAGAAUAGGCAUUCUUGUCUAGUCACCUUCUGAAUUUCACAUGGCUUGGUUAAAUUUCCAUUUGCAACUACUUGUGCAGUCUGCCUAGUAUAAAUUGAUUUUAUCCAUUUUAUGAAAUUCUCUCCUAAAUCAAUAUGCCCCAGUACCUAAAUGGCUAAUUGAGAUUAUUAUAAAAAAUUCUUCAUCUAAAAAGAUCAAAGCCUCUUAUUUUUCAUUAUGUCUUUCCACAUAUUCCAAAAUAUCCAAUACAUUCCUCACGUUGUCUCAUAGUUGUCUUUUAGACAAAAAACCCAGAUUGAUCCUGAUAAAUAAACUGCUGAAGUAUACGUUUCAGUCUUUUAGCCAGGAUGGUUGUAAACAAUUUAUAGUCAUUAUUCAAUGAUGAUAGUGUUUGAUAAUUCUGUGAUAAGUUAAAUAGUAGUCUUCUUUGGUAUAUCUCUCGGCAGCUGUAAGGAACUAAUUUAAAUGAAUGUUUUCAUAUAGCUUGAAAUCAGACCUCAUGUUUUUCCCCCCUAAAGGGGCUUUAAAAAUAUUAAACUGGGAGUGUAUCCUUGAUAAACUGGGGAAUGUCCUCUGUUGCCAAGGCAGUGAAUUAGCCCUGGCAAUGGGGAUAUUUACUCACCAUUUUAUCAGUUCAGUCUUGAGAGAAGGGAGUGAAUUUGUUUGUCCUCAAAAACUUUGCCCCAAUAGUCAAAUCUUAUUGAUUAUAUGACUUUGUUGUUAUCUUGGUCACCAUACAAUCCCUUACUGGUUAGGGUCAUAGAAAAGACUAGUCAAAAUGUGCCAAAAGUGCAAGAGAGGCAGGUCUCCUGUUCAAUAGCCCCAUUUUUUAUCUUGAAAAAGUUGUGUGGGAAAACAGAGUGCUACUUAGUUCAGACAUUGUUCCGUUUAUCUUGCAAGAGGCCUGACAAACAUCUUAGGAAUGGUGCUAAUCCAAUGAACCCCAUUACCCAACAACAAACCCUGGCAGAGAUAUUUUUUGGCAUCAGAAAUCUCACUGGAGACUCCAAUGGCUUCAGUAUGAACUGCUGGGAAGUUGGAGCUAUUAGAGGUCAAAUGAUUAAUAAACAUGUUAUUUAGGCCAGUGGUGCCAGAGUUUGUUGUCCUACAUCCAUCAUUCCUGAAUAUGAGAGUCACAGCCCAACCAUAUCCGAGAAUCAACAUCAAUGUGGUAUGAUUUGAAUCUUCAAGCUUGAGCAAUAAUAAUCAUUACGGAUCUGUUGUAGGAGAGCUUGUGCUUCUUAGCAACUCACACUGAGAUAUAGUAACCCAAAGCUUUUUUGACUUUGAUCAAAAUAAAAACCUUGUGUUGAGACAGCA